AUGGAGCAUCUUGAAGACUCCAAUGACCCAACGGGCAGCCGUAGCUUGGUAAUAUCAGCGGGUGAUUUUACACCAGUUGCGGAUGAGCAACGCACCUCUGAAUGCCAGAACGCCAAGCAUCCAAUACACAGGCUUCCCGUCGAACUUCUGACAGAAAUUUUCCUCGAUUUGACUUAUUCCUAUCCACAUUAUUGGUCUGGUGCUUACGUAUCUCUUGGAACUGCUCCGCUUCUGUUAUGCAGGGUAUGUAGCUUGUGGCGCCGAGUCGCACUCAGGACGCCUGCCCUCUGGUGCUGCUUCAGUCUCACCUACGCCUCAUCCUUCUUUCCUUUCAUUGGUCCAAAGUUGAUGCAACAUUGGCUUCAAUGCUCCGGCUCGCUUCCUCUCCGCUUCACGUUUGCUUGGUAUCAAGAUUACAGACCUGCAAACCACAUAUCCGACGAUGUCAUUGUAGAAAUGUUCCGUAUAUUCGCAGAAUACAUUACCCGCUGGGAAGAGGUCACUAUAUCGACACAUACUCCGUUGUCACAACUUGCACAGCCUAGUUCUCCUGCACCUCUCCUCCGUGUCUUACGUCUAGAGGGCCCAGAGGUCGGCCGCGUGAUGCCGUUACCUUUCACAUCUGCUCCCCAACUUCGCUCUCUCCGUUGGUUUUUUUCCGAGAGGAUUUCGGGCCCGCUGCAGUCCAUUAGAGGCGUUCCUUGGGCACAGCUAACGGAGCUGCAGCUGGACAACGCGCUGUCUUUAUACCAGUGUUUCAAGCUCUUGAGGAUGUGUCCCGCACUAGUUCAGUGCUGCCUUCUGGUCAGCAAUGCGGACCACAAUAAUUUUCCCGAAAACUUGAGGAUAACACAUUCUACUCUGCGCGACUUCGCGAUCACAGUAUUCACUGAUACUUCUCCACUUCUCCAAUCCCUUGUACUCCCUGCACUGCAGAAAUUCGAGGUGGAGAACCACCUCGAUUACCUGCAUUCGGUCCUAGUCCUUACGCCAUCCAUUCAAGGCGAAAUGAUGGCCCUCCUGUCGAGGUCGGCGUGCAUUCUCAAAACUCUCCGGAUGACAAACAUGACGCUCACUUCAGCGGAAUUAAUUGAUUGUCUUACGCAAACAGGUGCCGAGCUCGAGGAGUUUAGGUUGGCGUAUUCACGACGGUGGCCGGUGGUCACAGAUGGUGUACUUGAGCGACUCACGUACCGAGCCCCACCCGUCGCUCCGUGUCUGUGUCCCAAUCUCAAGUGCCUGGAUUUGGACGGUUGUUUGAGUUCAACAGAUGGUGUGCUCGCCGCGAUGAUCGAGUCGCGGUGCCGCGGGCCAUCUGUCAUAGCGCGACCAGUGGUCUCGCUACAAAAAUGCUCUGUGGUCCUGUCUCGUGCGCAAGACGUGGACAUGGAUGCAAUGAUGAGAUGGAGGGAUAAUGGGUUGGCGAUGGAUGUCAGGGUGCAACCUGUUGAGGAGGAUGACGAUGAAGAGUACUACUGA